GACGAAGCUGAGGGAAACUUUGAGAUCCGAGGGAAAUAAUAUCUACCGGUUUCCUGGUAGAAAACAAAUGCAUUUCUUUCCCAUGCCCCCAAUUCCAUUGUUAAUUACCUGCUGUUGUUACAUGUGAUGUGAACUCCCUGUUGUGGAGAAUUCUAACAAUAUGAUAUAACAAGGUUCAAGAAAUAACAUUACACGUGUCGUAUUUGCAGAUGCAAAUACGAUCAACUUAUGAGCGAAACACACACAUGUAUAUUUUUUCUUUUGAAUUUUAAAUACAUAUAACGUCAGCUAGGUGGAAAACGGCCAGUUGCCCAAUCAGAAGUUACGAUGGGAAAAAGGUUUAAAAGGACAGAAAGUAGAAAAUCUCUGAUUUUUGCUUAACUGCACCAUAAUGAUCACAAAGUUGCGCUAGUCAGCACUGGAAUAGAAGAUGGAAAGCACAGAGUUACUCAGAGUAAAACAACCCAAUAAUUUUUCUCUGAGUGCUACCCCCGAAAAUGGAAAUGGAGGACCACAAGAUACAAACUGAGAAAUAUUUGACCUUGGCAGGAUUCAAACUUCAAUACGACUUCGGAUUAAAAUAAAUAAUUAAAUAAUGUCUUUCUUCAUUUGAUAAAAAUCAGGAGAAAAAUACAUAUUAAGUGUUACAAUUAAUAAAAGAUAAAAUGACUAAGAAUUUAUCCAAAAAGCGCUUUACAAAUUCAAAACGGGUAAAACUGAUGAUAAAAAGGUACAACUAAAUUGCUUAUUUAUAUUCGAAACACAACCUGUUGUUUAAAACUAUUUUUUAAAACGUUCAGUAUGUAUUUGAGGAAGCUAGCUGCUCUUAGAUCUUAGCCAUACUGACUCGUGGUAGCAUGCUGACUCGUGGCAGCUGUUGGUGCUGUCGGUGUGGCAGCUCAUCUUUGUUUUACCGACUGUGCUACAAGGCCAGACGAGAGCAGGUCGUGGAGAUAGGAAAUUAAUGCAGGUGUUGGUAAAUUAUGGUCGACUUUCAGCCGUCAUGAUCAUUUUCCUUUAGGGAGGAUGAUGUUGUAAUCUUGUUCACUGUCUAACAACUGAAGAUAAACAAUUAAAAGAUAUGUAUAUUAGUAGCAAGCACAAGGCAAUCCAAAUUCCUCUAGACUACCAACUUUUUUACGCGUUUAAAUUAUUUACAAAGUGACAAGCACACAAAGCACAUCGUGAUACAGGCUGUUACGGAUGGCACGACAAGACGCCAUUUGCAAUGCAACUCAACUCGUUUAAUGCGUACUUCAUGUAAGCUACAUAGAACUAGAACGCACAUGUUUACUCCAAAUAUGGUAAGACAAACCAUAUACGUAACACAGGCGUAUUGCGUGAUUUGCAAGAGUAUGACAAAAUGGCGUCCACUGGAAUGAAUCUAGGAUUUUCAGUCGCAUUUCUGUGCGCUUCUCUUUGCUUUCCUGGCUAUACUAAAGCAGAAGAUGUUAUCCUUACUCCUUUGUUUGGAAGCAGUCACUAUUUCUUGUUCAAGCGCAUCGGCGAAGAACUUGCAAAUCGAGGACUCAAGGGUUUUUAUUGGCUAAUAUCAUUGGCCGAGUAUUCAUGUUUCCUACCAUGGACAAAGUAAAGGAACAGUAUAAUAUUAAACCAGAUGUUAGCACGGGGGAGUCGUUAGGGAAAGCAGAAGUGGUUUUUGUCCAAAGUCAUUUUGCUUUGGAUUUCCCAAGGCCUCUUACACCCGCGUUAAUAGUAACAGGACCACUUUUACCUCGACCUGCUAAAACCCUUCCUCCUGAGCUGGAGAGCUUUAUGACGAACUCUGGAGAUGAUGGUGUUGUUGUGGUCGCCUUCGGCUCGAUGGUAUCUACCUUGCCAACGCAAACGUUGAGGAUGUUAGCUAUAGUGCUUGGUAGAAUGAAGCAGAAGGUCUUGUGGAAGAUUAAAGCUUUUGCUUUCCGCUACUCCUGCAAAGUAAUUUUUCAUUUUCUUUCUUUUGUUUUACUCAUGACAGCGUUAAUAGUAACAGGACCACUUUUACCUCGACCUGCUAAAACCCUUCCUCCUGAGCUGGAGAGCUUUAUGACGAACUCUGGAGAUGAUGGUGUUGUUGUGGUCGCCUUCGGCUCGAUGGUAUCUACCUUGCCAACGCAAACGUUGAGGAUGUUAGCUAUAGUGCUUGGUAGAAUGAAGCAGAAGGUCUUGUGGAAGAUUAAAGAGAGCCUUUUGAGCACUAAACUGUCUAACAUCAAGACUGUCGACUGGAUUCCACAGAACGAUAUCCUUGGACACGCCAAAACAAGGUUGUUCCUUCCUCACGUUGGUCACAACAGCAUUUAUGAGGCUGCCUACCAUGGUGUACCUGUUGUUGGCUUCCCUUUGUGGAGUGAUCAACCUGAAAAUGCCGGGCAGAUCACACGAGCGGGCAUGGGUCUUUGUUUCAAGCAAAAUGCUACACGUGUCUCUCGUCUCAUAAAAGACCAACGUCGGACCCCCCUGGAACUGACAGGUGAUUGGAUAGAAUUUGUGCAUAGGCAUAACGGAGCAUCCCACCUUCGAGUCCAGUCCUUCAACAUGCCAUGGUACCGGGAGUAUUCAAUAGACGUUGCACUUUUUGUUUUGUUUAUUGUUACUUGCACUUUGAUGUUUCUUAAGUUUUGCUGUCGUUGUUUAUGCAAGUUUGUCGUAAAAGUGAUGGCAUGAAAGCAAAAGAGGAGUGAGAGG